AUGACCACCCUAUCCUUAGCGGUGUAUUCGAUGUUUAACUAAUACAAAGAGCUGAUAUACUAAACGAAAUAAAAGAGGCUCAUUCGAGCUUAAGCCGUUGAUUCAGACGGAGCCAAAUUCUAACUUCGCUUUUCCUUAGAUAUUACGUGAAAGAUACCCUAUUAUAUUAACGGUCCUAAUCAGGGCUAAACCCUAAAGUACUUUAUAAAAAGUGUAUUCAUAAAUAAUACAGUGGCGACGAGGAAAAUUCGUGAAAACAGUGCAUUGCGUGUCGUGCAUAAAAUCGCUCAAACGGUAAUACCCAGUGUGAGCAGGCGUAAGUACAAGCAGAGUUUCCUCGAGAUUAGCACCUCGAGAAACUUGAAGCAGGACAGACAGGUUUGACUUGUUGAUUGUUUUGACGAAAGAAACGAUUAGAGCAUCUGUUGGGUCACAAAUCUAUUGAUUGCAGUAAAGAAUACAUAUAUUAAUAUUGUGAAUUCAACCUGCUUGCAUAAUUUCGCUCAGCGUGGUUUUAACGCCAUCUUGUUCUUUAACUCUUUUAUUUUACAGCUAUUGGACUGGCUCAUAAAGGUACCUAAUAUUCUCCAGAAGCCAUUGAAUUAUCUGCAUGAGAAGAAAACGCUGUUAAAGGAGAGUGAGUGCUCUGUGAAACUUUGGGCUGUUGUGUUGCUGUUGCUGCUCCCGCUUGCUGUUGUUGUUGUGGUUCCUGGCCUGCUGUUCAUAACCGAGAGCGUGAGAAGAUCAAGUGAGUGCUGUGAUACGCAUUAGUGAAGGCUGGUAUAGGGAGAUAGCUCACUCCUCAUAGGCUGUUCACAUACCUCUCAAGCUUUAGUGAAGAUCGCAUCGUUGUCGGUUGCAUUCAGUGAGCGAGCGCAAGGAAACCCUAGUCUAGGUAGACGAUUGCAUGUAUCGUUGAACCUCAUCUGCAAGCAACAUCACAAAAGUACAAUCACCGGCGGUGAUAGUUUUGCUGCCCCAACAGUAUUACGUAGUGGUCAUCAUUAUGGCAACACCUGGUAUGAUUGGGUCAAUAGACCAGUACCAGAGGCACAAAUCUUUCACCCAUUAUGUGGAGCGAUUUGAAGUGAUGUGUAAGCUAAAUAAAGUUAAUGCUGAGACGAAGCAAUCUUGGUUUAUUUCAGUUAGCGGAGACGAGGUUUUUGAGGAGAUAAAACUGAUUUUUCCCAAAAAAGAUGUUUGUGAAAUUCCAUACGACGAAAUGAUAAAGAAAUUAAAAGCGCGUUUCGACAAGGUAGAGCCUGCCUUAAUGAAUAGAUACGAGUUUUACAACCGUAUACAAAAACCAAAUGAAUCAGCCGAAAAUUUUGUAUUGGCGGUGAAAUUAUUAGCUGAAAAUUGCAAUUUUAGGGAGUUUAAAGAUGAGGCAAUUCGCGAUAGAUUGAUUAUCGGGCUGCGAGAUAAAGAUCUUAGAAAGAAGCUUCUUAUGGACGAUGACGUGAAUCUUGAAACAGUUGAAAAAACCAUUAUAACAAGUGAGAAGGCUGAGAGUAGGGCAGGCCACAUUGAAGAUUUCGGCGAGUCUAGUAAAGUGUUGUCGGUAAAGGAACGUUUAGGUAGGCGAAAUAACGAAUAUGAGCGCAGAAAAGACAUGGAUAGACCUCGUUAUCGCAGUUGGAGCCGCGACCGUAGUAGAAGCAAUGAUCGUAACAGAAAUUUUGAGCGUAUCAGAGCUAGGGAAAAUGACUGGAGCAGAAGUUACCGAGAUAACCGUUCAAAACAUAUUCACAAUAGUGCAGUGUGCAAUUACUGUAAACGGAAAGGGCACAUUCGCAAAAAUUGCUACUUUUUGCAAGGCAACACACGGGGAAAGUCGGUUAACUUUGUGGACGAUAAACAAGAGCAAGUAGAAGCGGUGGCUACGGAUAAGUUUGAUAGAAUGCGAGCUAACGAGUCUAGUGAUGAAUCAGAGAUUAGUUGUAUGAUGAUAGCUACCGUUAACAAGGCUAACGAACCGUGUCUAAUAGAUGUUUUGGUACAAGACUGCAAGAUUUCUAUGGAAGUUGAUACAGGGUCGGCGGUGGCUGUUAUAAGCGCAAUUUUAUACAAGCGAUUGUUCCAUCACCUCCAGAUUUCUAAAUGCAACAGAAGAUUGGUUGUAGUUAAUGGUUCCAGUAUUGCAGUGUUAGGGCAAAUUUCUGUAGAAGUAGAAUUGAACGGCAUGCGCACAGACAGAAGUUUAAUCGUGUUGAAUACCGCCAAGGACUUCACUCCGCUUCUGGGCAGGGACUGGUUAAAGGUGUUCUACCCGAAUUGGAAGGAUGGUUUUAUGCAACUUCAAACAGUUAAAAAUAUUGGCAUUGCGGAAACUUCAGAACAUGCGCUAAGUACGAUUAAGAAAAAAUAUAGUAAAGUGUUUGAUAAGGAUUUAACCGUACCAAUUGCAGGGCACGAAGCGGAACUAACCUUCAAAUCUUCGCAACCGAUUUUUAAAAAGGCCUAUCAAGUACCAUAUAACAUAAAAGACAAAUUUUUGGUUCAUCUAGAUACACUAGAAAAGCAGGAAAUUAUUACACCCAUCCAGGCGAGUGAAUGGGCUUCACCAGUCAUUGCUGUAGUAAAAAAAGAUGGAGAAAUAAGAAUGGUAAUCGACUGCAAAGUCUCGUUAAACAAAAUUUUGAUACCAAACACUUAUCCUCUUCCACUCGCGGAGGAUAUUUUUGCAUCUUUGGCGGGCUGUACAGUUUUUUGCUCCCUGGAUUUAGCCGGAGCAUAUACUCAACUAAAACUCUCUCAGCGUUCAAGAAAAUAUGUAGUAAUAAAUACUAUUAAAGGUUUGUACACCUACAACCGUUUACCACAGGGUGCUAGCUCUAGUGCGGCUCUCUUCCAGAAAAUUAUGGACCAAAUACUCCAAGGACUAGAUGGUGUAUGUUGCUAUUUGGAUGACGUGCUCAUUGCUGGCAAGACAUUUAAAGAAUGUUUGGACAAAUUGGAGAGCGUCCUUGCUCGGCUCUCCAGUGCAAAUAUACAUGUAAAUUUCAAAAAGUGCAAGUUUUUUGUAUCCUCCUUACAAUAUUUGGGACAUUUAAUCACUAACAAUGGUUUAUUACCUGCUCCUGACAAAAUUUCUACAAUUGAGAGGGCAAAGACACCUGAAAAUGUGACAGAGUUAAAAGCUUACCUUGGAUUGUUCAAUUAUUAUAAUAAAUUUGUGCCUAACGUAUCUGUCAAGCUGAAAUGCUUAUACAAUCUUUUAAGAAAAGACGUACAAUUUGAGUGAACAAAAAAUUGUGAUGAUGCGUUCAAAGAGAGUAAAGCAAAUUUGUUGAAUGCAAAUUUAUUAGCGUAUUAUGACUCCAAAAAGCCCUUGUUAGUGGUUACAGAUGCCUGCAAUUAUGGAUUGGGAGGCGUAUUAGCCCAAAUGGAGGGGGAUAUUGAAAGACCAAUUUGCUUCACUUCAUUCUCACUAAAUGCCGCUCAACAAAAAUAUCCCAUAUUGCACCUAGAAGCUCUGGCUUUAGUAUGUGUUAUAAAAAAAUUCCACAAAUUUCUUUUUGGUCAAAAAUUCAAAGUGUAUACGGACCACAAACCUUUAAUAGGGAUUUUUGGCAAAGAGGGGCGAAAUUCUAUAUUCGUCACAAGAUUGCAGCGCUACAUAAUGGAACUCUCCAUUUACGAUUAUGAGAUUGAGUAUCGUCCUGGUUCCAAAUUGGGUAAUGCAGAUUUUUGUAGCCGAUUCCCUUUAGAUCAGCGUAUACCAAGUAGUAUAGAUCAGGCACACAUACACAAUUUGAAUUACUUCAAUGAAAUUCCCAUAGAUUUUUCCUUAGUUUCAAAAGAAACUCAGUUGGAUAAAAUUUUGAAUCAAAUAGUAGGAUUCAUGACUUUUGGUUGGCCAAAAAAGAUUGCAGAUCAGUUUAAAGAUUUUUUUGCUCUGAAGUCAAGGCUGGAGUUAAUAGAUGGUGUGUUGAUGGUUGAGGACAAAGUAGUAAUCCCUUAUGCCUUAAGGGAUGGAAUCUUGAAACUACUUCAUGCAAAUCAUCAAGGAAUUGUUAAAAUGAAAACUUUGGCGAGAAGAGCAGUUUAUUGGCCUGGUUUGACUUCAGAUAUUGAAGAUUUUGUAAAGUCAUGCGAAUCUUGCGUUAAAAUGGAAAUAGUGAAGAAACCUGAUGCCUAUACAACUUGGAUUGCUACCACACGGCCAUUCAGCCGUUUGCAUGCUGACUUCUUUUAUUUCGAAGGAAAUAAUUUCCUUCUAAUCGUUGAUAGCCACACUAAGUGGUUAGAGGUUGAAUGGAUGCGAUCGGGAACUACUGCCAGAAUUGUGAAUAAGAAAUUUGCCUCUGUAUUUGCCCGGUUCGGUCUGCCAGACGUGGUGGUCACUGAUGGUGGUCCGCCAUUUAAUUCGUUUGAAUUCGUGAACUUUCUGGAAUGUCAGGGCAUAAAGGUACUAAAAAGUCCGCCUUACCAUCCUUCAAGUAAUGGACAGGCUGAGAGGAUGGUAAGGGUUGCGAAAGAAGUGCUUAAAAAGUAUAUGCUCGAUAGUAAACUAAAAUCGCUAGAUGUUGAUGACAGAAUCAAUUUAUUUCUGAUAAAUUAUAGAAAUAGUUGCUCUGGGGAGGAGAGUUUAUUUCCAUCUGAGAAAAUGCUUUCAUAUAAGCCGAAAAUGUUAUUGGAUUUGAUCAAUCCAAAUAAAUCGUACAAGAAUUACUUGGAAAUACCUACCGAGAGUAAACAGUCCUUUAGCCAAAGCAAGACCGAAGUAUCUCCUAAAAUACUUCAGGAUGGCUUAGAUAAGCUAGUGGCAGGGGAUAAGUUGUACUAUAAAAAUGUUAAUAAAUUUCCCAGAUGGUUGGAAGCAACUUUGAUUAAGAGAGUAUCUUUGAAUGUUUUUCAGAUUUUAGUUGGGAAGCAUACAACGAAUGCACACAGGCAUCAAUUGAAGGUCGCAUACGAAUCGAAUAGAGGCAAAGUGAGGGUUCAGUGCCCGAUGGAGCAACACUCUGGUACGAGUAAGCGAAGACGGACCUCGUUGGACGAUGAAGAAGAUUUCGAAGGCUUCUCAAACUCCCAGGAUGAGAGCGGCAGACCCAGGAAGAAGAAGAUCAGAGCGCCUGAACGAAGUCCCAUCGUUACGCGUUCGAAGGAUGCCCAUCGUAGCUAGGCGUAACUCGCUGGAGCUAGCAGGUGUCAACCAUUUGAUUUCGGAGUUGUGAAAUAGUCAAGAGAAGAAUUUAUUGAAUUAUUGAAAAGCAAACAAGUUGCAUUCGAAAAUGUUUUUUUAUGAUAAAGUUGUCUCUUAAGGGGGGAGAAUUGUAAUGACCACCCUAUCCUUAGCGGUGUAUUCGAUGUUUAACUAAUACAAAGAGCUGAUAUACUAAACGAAAUAAAAGAGGCUCAUUCGAGCUUAAGCCGUUGAUUCAGACGGAGCCAAAUUCUAA